AGGAAAAUAAACAUGUCGGAAAGUAAAUUUUGCUUGUGUUGACUCGAACAGUUGAGACCAACUGAUACAUAUUCAAAGGAUGUAGCUGUCUUAAUUAGGAAGCAUUUAAGAUUGCUAUGAAUUAAAAAACUGUGGAAAAAUGUGUGACCAUCGGCACUUGCGAUCUCCUCCACCAGCAGGCAUCGUUGAUCAUGUUUCUUUUCUUUCUGACAAUCUUGGUGAAUUAGUGGAGAACUCCGAUUACAGUGAUAUUACUCUCGUUGUGGAAAAUGUACCAUUUCCUGCACACAAAGUUAUUUUGGCAACAAGAUCAGAGUAUUUCAGAGCUCUUUUGUAUGGUGGGAUGAAAGAAUCUCAGCCAGGCACUACACAGGUGGAACUGAAGGACACCUCUGCCUCAGCGUUUAGCAUCCUGUUGAAGUACAUGUACAGUGGACGUCUUAACCUGCUAGAAAUCAAGGAUGAAAAUUUGUUGGACAUAUUGGGGAUGUCUCAUCGCUAUGGCUUUGUAGAUCUUGAAACUGCUAUUUCUGACUAUUUGAAGGCAAUUUUGAACAUCUCGAAUGUCUGUCUGAUUUAUGACAUUGCAAACAUGUAUCAUCUUACUUCCCUGUGUCAAGUUUGCAAGGAUUUCAUUGACAGAAAUGCUCAAGAUAUUUUGGUGAAUGAGACUUUUCUUACCUUGUCUCAGAGUUCAGUCAAAGAUUUGAUAUCAAGGGACUCCUUUUGUGCCCCGGAGAGUACAAUAUUUAAUGCUGUGGUUAAAUGGUCCGAACACAACCAGGGUCAGGACCCGAGCCCCAUUCUGCAGUGUGUGAGAUUACCCCUGAUGACCAUGAAUGACCUGCUGAACGUGGUCAGACCUACGGCACUAGUAUCAGCUGAUUCCAUACUAGACGCAAUCAAACUGCAGUCAGAGAGUCGGGACAUGGAACUCAAUUACAGAGGCUCACUAAUUCCAGAAACAAACAUAGCUACACAGAGGUUUGGAGCCCAGGUAAUUCGGGGGGAGAUGAAAAAUUCACUUCUUGAUGGCGACUGUCAAAAUUACGAUCUGGACAGAGGGUUCACACGUCACCCUAUUGACGAUAAUUAUGGACAGGGCGUGGUGAUUAAAUUAGCCAGCCCUUACAUCAUCAACUGUAUCAAACUAUUGUUGUGGGAUAGGGAUAUGAGGUCCUACUCGUAUUACCUGGAAGUUUCUAUGGAUGACAAGGACUAUGAAAAGGUGGUGGAUCACAGUAAAUACCUGUGUCGGUCCUGGCAAACACUUUUCUUCCAACCAAGAGUUGUCAGAUACAUAAAGGUUGUUGGAACUCAUAACACUGUCAACAGAGUGUUCCAUCUUGUUUCUUUUGAAUGCCUCUUCACAAACAAACCUUUUGUGUUGGAGCAGGGUUUAGUGGUUCCAUCUGAGAAUGUUGCCACAAUAGCAGCAGGUGCCUGUGUGAUUGAGGGGGUGAGUCGCAGCAGGAAUGCCCUCAUUAAUGGGGACACCAGGCACUAUGACUGGGACUCGGGCUACACCUGCCACCAGCUGGGGAGUGGGGCCAUUAUUGUCCAGCUAGCCCAGCCCUACAUCAUAGACACCAUGAGGUUGCUGUUGUGGGAUUGUGACGACAGGAGCUAUAGUUAUUAUGUAGAAGUCUCCACAGAUCAGAAAUCAUGGUUCUCCCUGGCUGACAAGCGCAAGGAGCAGUGCAAAUCAUGGCAAGUUAUUAAAUUUGAGAAGAGACCUGUAACAUUUGUGAAGAUUGUUGGAACCCAUAAUACAGCAAAUGAGGUUUUCCAUUGUGUUCAUUUUGAAUGCCCUGCAGAGAUGACCAACACUGCUAACAACAAUAGUGUCCCAUCUCCUGCAAGUCCCCAAGCCCCUGGGCCCAGGUCUGCCAGCCCCUCCCCCAGACCCAAUAUGCACCAGUCCCAAAGUUCAGAGACUUAUGCAAGUGCAGAGUACUCCCCCCAUGAUGCCCCAGAAGCCGAUCGAUUGGACAGCAACAGCUCUCACGAGUCGGAAAACUAGCUUCUGAUUGGACAGAAUUUCUAAAGGAGAGUGCAAUUUUUCUGUGAUUUUGUGUUACAGUCAGGAGAAUAAAUAUUCCCUGAUUUAACACAGUUGUGACUAAUUGACAUAGACAGCUUUACAGUUUUUUUUUUUUAAGUUAGAACAAAUUUAAGCAUUCAGAUGUAUAUGUACAGUGUAUUUUAUUUAUUUUGAUACUGAUGACUCUUUAGAAAGAGUAUGUUACAGUUAAACAAAAUGAAAUUUGCUUUACACAUAAAUGCACUUUAGAAAGAGUGUUUUAAAUUUGUUUUUUUCUUAAGUUGAUUGUAUCAUUAUUUAUUCAAGGAAACAGGAAUUAAUUAUUGAAGGAGGAAAUCCAAAUUAUCAAUAUGACUAACAUUCAUUCUGUCACAUGAAGAGCGUAGAUUUGAUAUCUUAAUGAUUAAAUGAAUGUAAAAAAUCUCUCAAUUUGGUGCAUUUAUUAGGUUUAUUUAUGGUAGAAACUAGGGCUAAAUUUUGUCUUAUACUUGUAUUCCUGUAAAUACUAGUAACCAAAAAACGCCUCAUGAAAAUUUACCAACCAUGAUUUAGCAUCUGAUCUUUGUGAGAAACCAGAAAUACAUGUAAACCCAUUUGAUUAGGAAAAUAAGUACCGGUAAACUGUUAGAAACAACACUCCAGUAUUGAUGAUUUUCCUAAUUGUUUUUAUAUUUAUCUAAUUUUUUAAAUGUCCACAUGAUGCCACUACUGUACAGAAUAGCUAGAUUCAAAUCAAAAUCCAGUCAGAUAUUAUUUAGUGAUUGUUAGAUCAGUCACUGCAUUGUAUUUUAUUAGCAGAAAAUUAAGUAGCAUUUGUGUGCAGUGAGAAAUGUUAAAGAUAUUUCAUAUUAAAUGAUGUUGGUUUUUUGCAUUAAAUUAAAUUUUGAUUCA